AUGGAAGCAAAAUCACCUGACAGUGAGCAGGGGAAUCUGAGGGGGUUGCUUGAAUCCUUUGGUUCUGCAUUUGCUUUGGAGGACAUUGCAAAUGCCUAUUGGGAGGCAAAACAAGAUGUUAAUUUGGCUGCAGAAAUUCUUUGUGGGUCUAAAGAUGAGUUGAAGGGUGCAAUAAAUGUCUCUGUUCCUAAGUCUUUUCAUGGUGCAGUGAAGUCAGGAUUUCGUGGUGCAUCACUGGGUAAUGUUGCUGGAGUUGUUGGAAGAGACUGCAUUCAACCCAAGACAUGGAGUAAGUCUAAAAGAGAAGUAAGAAAACCGUUGAAGUUAGAUGCGAAGGAAUUCCCUGAAUCAGUGAUAUGGGGUGAAAAACCUUCACUGAGUGCUGCAGCAGCGAAGGGCACUGUGAGUGAUGAGGUUGUUGACUUCCUCUAUAGGAUGCUUGAAGAGGGCUUUGAACUUGACAAGAAUAAGAUACAUGACGUUCUUGGCCUCUGUGGAUAUGAUGUGCAGAAGACAAUGGAGGAGCUGCUUGAUGAGUCAGCUUCCACUUUGGAGAAAUGCAAUGAUGUUCGUGACCUGGCUGGUGAAAAUCACAUAAUUUUGAAUGUAGAGAGUGACGAUGAUGAGAAUAGUUAUAAGGCACUACGUCAAUCCGUGAGGGAACAUUGGCUUACCAUGAAAGAAUACUACCGAGCUGCUGUUGAUGCAUUUGUCAAGAGUGAUUAUGCCCGGGCAGACAGACUACGAGAACAGGGGCAUUUUUUUAAUAGAAUGGCUCGAGAAGCAGAUGAAAAAUCUGCGCAGAAGCUUUUUCGAACCAAUGAAACCAACGAUGAUGAAAUACCUCUUGAUUUGCACGAGCAUGAGCCAAAGCAGGCCCUUCAUCUUCUCAAACUUCAUUUAACUUCUCUCUCUGGCAUUCAUGGUAGGCAGCAAUUUCUGUGCAAGUCAUUUGAUUAUGGAAAGAAUUGCAUGGCACACCUUGAUCCGAUAAAUGAUAUUCGUACUUUAACCUUUCCAGCAAUCAAGUACCUUCGAGUCAUAGUUGGGACAGGAGAUGAAGAUAGAAAAGGAGCUAGGAAAAAAUUGAUUAUUAAGCUGCUGAACAAGAAUUCCAUUAAAUGGACAGAGGAGGACAUUGGUCGGACCUUACUCCUCCAAGUAGAUGUCAUUGAUAGGAAGAGUUUGAGUUUUGCACAAAAAAGCUGA